CCUGCCCUCCCACUAGUCCAGGAAACCACCCAGAUGACCCCCCUCCGUCUACACCAUUGUUAAAUCCAAAGGGAAACAUCGAAACCUUCUUUACAGAAACUUUCAGGCUUCGUAGACUUUCGCAGAGGUUUAUCUUUAUUCACUGGCCUCUUACUUUAACUUGACUCAUAACCAACUUUACAAACUGCUGGAACUUGUACUACUUCCGAAGCCAAAGGAGUGCCCCUUGUUGAGAAAAAGAAAAACUUUACUAGGAGGCAUAGCAGGAAUUCACGAUUCCAUUCCACCAUUUUGAGGCGUUUUUUCAGGAAGUUUUCAGGUGGGCUGCUUUUUGACUCUGUGUGAACAUGACGACCAUUAACACUGCCAACAUCAACUUUAAAUGGGACCCCAAGAGCCUGGAGAUCCGUACUCUGGCUGUGGAGAGGCUGCUGGAGCCCCUGGUCACCCAGGUCACGACCUUGGUGAACUCGAGCAACAAAGGCCCAUCCAACAAGAAGAAAGGACGCUCCAAGAAGGCCCAUGUUCUGGCUGCGUCGGUAGAGACGGCCACAAUGAAUUUUCUUGAUAAAGGAGAGAAGAUUGCCAAAGAGAGCCAGUUCCUGAAAGAAGAGCUGACAGCUGCUGUGGAGGAUGUCCGUAAGCAAGGCGAGUCCAUGAAGCAGGCGUCCGGGGAGUUUGCAGAGGACCCGUGCUCCUCGGUGAAGAGGGGCAACAUGGUGCGUGCAGCCCGGGCCCUGCUCUCUGCUGUCACUCACCUGCUCGUCCUGGCUGACAUGUCGGACGUCUACAAGCUGCUCCUGCAACUCAAACUGGUGGAGGAGAACCUCGUCAAGGUCCGCAAUGCGGGAACCGAGCAGGACCUGGGGAUCCAGUACAAGGCCCUGAAACCAGAGGUGGACAAACUCAACAUCAUGGCUGCCAAGAGACAGCAGGAGCUGAAGGAUGUCCACCACAAGGACCAAAUGGCUGCGGCCCGCGGCGUGCUGCAGAGGAACAUCCCCAUGCUGUACACAGCCUCCCGAGCCUGCCUGCAGCACCCUGACGUGGCCGCCUACAAGGCCAACCGUGACCUCAUCUACAAGCAGCUGCAGCACGCCGUGUCGGGCAUCUCCAACGCCGCCCAGGCCACCGCCAGCGACGACGCUGCCCUCAACCAUCCCGCAGGGGGAGGGGAGCUGGCCUAUGCCCUGAAUAACUUUGACAAACAAAUCAUCGUGGACCCCCUGGCGUUCAGCGAGGAGCGGUUCCGCCCAUCUCUGGAGGAGCGCCUGGAGAGCAUCAUCAGCGGCGCCGCCCUCAUGGCCGACUCGUCCUGCACGCGCGACGACCGUCGCGAGCGCAUCGUGGCCGAGUGCAACUCCGUCCGCCAGGCUCUGCAGGACCUGCUGUCAGAGUACAUGGGCAAUGCAGGCAGGAAGGACAGGAGCGAUGCCCUGAACACAGCCAUCGACAGGAUGACGAAGAAGACCAGAGAUCUGCGUCGACAGCUGCGCAAGGCUGUGAUGGACCACGUCUCCGACUCCUUCCUGGAGACCAACGUUCCUCUGCUGGUGCUGAUCGAAGCCGCCAAGAACGGCAACGAGAAGGAGGUGAAGGAGUACGCCCAGGUGUUCCGCGAGCACGCCAACAAGCUCAUCGAGGUGGCCAACCUGGCAUGCUCCAUCUCCAACAACGAGGAGGGUGUGAAGCUGGUCCGCAUGGCUGCUUCCCAGCUGGAGGCCCUGUGCCCUCAGGUGAUUAACGCGGCGCUGGCCCUGGCCGCCAAGCCCAACAGCAAGGUGGCGCAGGACAACAUGGAUCUGUUCAAGGAGCAGUGGGAGAAGCAGGUGCGCGUGCUCACCGACGCCGUGGACGACAUCACCUCCAUCGACGACUUCCUCUGCGUCUCUGAGAACCACAUCCUGGAGGAUGUGAACAAGUGCGUGAUCGCCCUGCAGGAGAAGGACGUGGACGGGCUGGACCGCACGGCCGGCGCCAUCCGAGGACGCGCCGCCCGGGUGGUGCACGUGGUCACGUCGGAGAUGGACAACUACGAGCCCGGGGUGUACACCGAGAAAGUCCUGGAAGCCACCAAGCUCCUCACCAACACAGUCAUGCCACGUUUCACGGAGCAGGUGGAGGCUGCGGUGGAGGCCCUGAGCGCCAACCCCACCCUGCCCGUGGACGAGAACGAGUUCAUCGACGCGUCCCGUCUCGUCUACGACGGCGUGCGCGACAUCCGCAAGGCCGUCCUGAUGAUCCGGACCCCAGAGGAGCUGGACGACUCUGACUUUGAGACGGAGGACUUUGACAUCCGCAGCAAGACCAGCACGCAGACGGAGGAUGACCAGCUCAUCGCCGGCCAGAGCGCCAGGGCCAUCAUGGCCCAGCUUCCCCAGGAGCAGAAGGCCUUGAUUGCCGAGCAGGUGGCCUGCUUCCAGGAGGAGAAGAGCAAGCUGGACGCCGAGGUGUCCAAGUGGGACGACAGCGGCAAUGACAUCAUCGUGCUGGCCAAGCAGAUGUGCAUGAUCAUGAUGGAGAUGACAGACUUCACCAGGGGGAAAGGCCCGCUGAAGAACACGUCCGAUGUCAUUAGCGCCGCCAAGAAGAUCGCCGAGGCGGGGUCGAGGAUGGACAAGCUGGGCCGCACCAUCGCCGACCAAUGCCCAGACUCGGCCUGUAAGCAGGACCUGCUGGCCUACCUGCAGCGUAUCGCCCUCUACUGCCACCAGCUCAACAUCUGCAGCAAGGUUAAGGCCGAGGUGCAGAACCUGGGGGGAGAGCUGGUCGUCUCUGGGGUGGACAGCGCCAUGUCCCUGAUCCAGGCGGCCAAGAACCUGAUGAACACGGUGGUGUCCACCGUCAAGGCCUCCUACGUGGCCUCCACCAAGUACCAGAAGUCCCUGGGGAUGCAGUCCCUCAACAUGCCUGCCAUCUCCUGGAGGAUGAAGGCCCCCGAGAAGAAGCCGCUGGUCAAGAGGGAGAAGCAGGACGACGGCCAGGCCAACAAGGUCAAGAGGUCGUCCCAGAAGAAGCACGUGAACCCCGUGCAGGCCCUGAGCGAGUUCAAGGCCAUGGAUAGCAUCUAGAGAGAGCGUCGAAAGGGGAAAGGUUUAGGAGCUGGUGUACUCUGUAGCUAACUCUGUGAAUUUGUAGAUUGAGCUUUUUCGUCCCUGUCAGAAACAACGGGGAAAGGGGUUGUGGAUGUGAAAGGAAGGUUGUUUGAAAGCAUUCCUCCCACGUUGCCCGGUCGACCUGUGUGUUUGAUGUGCAGUUGCUUUUUUUCUGGGCUUUUUAAUGUAUCGCCACUUUGGCCCUUGCUGGGAAUCUCAUUUUAAUUCAAACAAAUGCGUUCUGAUAUGCCUCCGUCUCAAACCUAAGGUUUUUCUCUUGGGGGCGGAAAAACGCAAUUAGAGGAAAGCAACUGGACAAAGGGCAUUUAUUCUUUUUCUUCAUCUCUCCUUUUGGUUUUUUUUCAUAAUGUCCAUGCGAGGAGAGGAAAGCUUUCAUGGAUAUGCCGCAAGAUAUAAUCCUCAGAACCUUCCAUGUUGAUUUGAUUUCCUGUGUUUUAUAUUCUUUCUAACAUAUUUUAUAAUUGCAUGGGAGGGUCUCCGUGGUAUCCCACUCUGUCGUAUAUAAUACGGCCAAUACUAGUAAUGUGUAGUUGUGCUGAUGUUGACUAUGCAAACUCUCAACUGCCUAUUUUUUCCUCGAGCAAUCAUUCUAGUUCAUCUGGGAAGUGUUGAGCUUUCCCUGGAGGGGUUUCAGUCUAGCUCGGUGAAACCAAAGUAAAUAUUGUUUCCAUGUGUGUACUCCCUGCGCCUAAACCAGUUCAGUUUUAGUUUGUUAUACCACUUUGUACUAAUGUCACAGAAUAUUUUUUGCACCACUGCUUUCAGUACAGUAACUAUUGUUGUAAUAUCUCCCUGACAUUUGCAGAAUGUAAAUGUUACGAUUAAUCCACAGCGAUAUUAAAAACACGAGCCAGGUUUUAUUCCAGAUCCUGUUUUGUGUGCUCGGAGUUCAGCAAACCAAACCUAAUGGAAAAGAGUUCCCUGCCUUCUGUUUCAAUACACAUGACUGGCCUGGGGGUACCAUCCUACACACAUACACUCGCUCCUACUACACACACACACACGGUCACACUCUGCCUCACACACAGUCAACGAGACUCUUAAAUGAGCCGUUAACCCCUUCCUCGCUCCUGGUCCCUGUUGGCUCUUAGUGAGAGUGGAGGAAAGGUGAAUAGAGUUGACCAGCCCAGGCCACAUCUCUCCACGGCAGUUUGGAGGUGGCACUGACUGUCAGCGGGGGUAAUCAACCCCACCCUCUAAGCAGGCGUCCAAAUUGUUUAAUCAAUUUUUCUUGUAUCUCUGCAGCUUAGGGAUUGUUGGGAUGGAGAAAAGCAUUCUCCUCUAGCUGUGUACAACUCCUCCCUAAACCGGCGGGCUAAACCUCCAGCUGCAGACACGCAAACAGCCAUCGUGAUUGCACUUCAUGCACACACAAAAAACCUCUGUUGGUGAAGCACUAGGGAUCAUUUGCUUUUAGUCGUAGAAGAAAGUGUUCUCAGGGCGUCUGAGCUUUGAAAGGGCAGCAAAUGGUCUAGCCAUAGCCUUCCCCUCAUAGGGAUGCAUUGGUCCUUUGAAGCCCAUCCACUGUAGACUGAAUGACCAUCUCUCUCUGCUAGAUUGACAUCUAAACAGAAUAACAAGUGGGUCGUGUAAGGUUUCUCCUUAAAAUUUCUUUUUUUUUUCUUUUUUCCAAGCUCUUGUUUUGGUCUUUUAGGCUCAAGUUGGAGUGGGUGGAGUGGGAAAGAGACAUUUCUCAUGAUUUAAAUCUCCUUUGCUGUGAGGACGAGUUUGCAUCCAAAGUGUUAACACAAUAUUGCUGUGGACGUUCUUUAACUCUGUUAUUGGAAACUGUACUGCACACUAUUUUACAUAUUCAUGUACCUGCUUUAUUUCAUGUUAAAUAAAUGAGAUGGAUACUGAA